CCCGCGGUCUGCUUUGUAUACAAACAAAUCCACGUGAAAUUCGAAAUCAGCGGGAGCCGCCGGCAAUACUCACGGUGCCAGCAAUUCACCUGCUAAUAUUAGUACUCUACAAUGCUGGCACUAAAUUGCUAUAGUAUAGCAUUAUUUUGAAGGAAAUUGCUCACUUGCCGUGCCAACCGUAUUCAUUACUAAUUCUAGAAUUCUUCAUUGUCGUUCAAGUUGGAAUGAGUUUUCUGGAAUAUAAGGACUGUCCCCAGGCGGGGGACACAGUAAUUGUCUACUUACAUUUCAAUUUGUUCUACCCUCUUGUCCUAAAGGAAGGUGAAACGUUUCAAACAAAAUACGGCGCUAUGCGUCACAACGAUGUUAUUGGCCGUCCGUAUGGAAGUCGGAUUGCUGUCAAAAACGGUUUUGUGCACUGCCUGUGGCCAACGCCGGAGUUAUGGACCCUUGCACUACCACACCGCACUCAGAUCCUUUAUACAAGAGACAUCACACUCACAACAUUCCAACUAGAUUUACGGCCCGGCAGCGUGGUCGUGGAGUCUGGAACGGGAUCGGGUUCAAUGACGCACUCUCUCGCUAGAGCAGUAGCUCCUCAUGGGAAAGUGUACACCUUCGACUUCCACCUGGUCCGGAGCGAGAUGGCACAGAAAGAGUUUUCUUCACAUGGGCUGAAUGACAUCGUUAUAUGCGCUCAUCGAGACGUUUGCACAGAUGGAUUUGGCUUGACCGGAGUAGCUGAUGCUGUAUUUUUAGAUCUACCCCAUCCAUGGUUAGCUGUCCAUCACGCCAUUCAAGCGCUAAAAGACACAGGGGGACGGAUCUGCUCCUUUUCGCCCUGCAUAGAACAGGUUCAGAAAACAUGCGAUCGGCUCCGCGAACUACGUUGUGUUGAACUGACGACUAUGGAAUGCCUUGAGCGUCCAUACGAAGUGAAAAAGGUGCAUUUUGUUAAACAAAAUAUAGGAGCUGAGAGACAUCGAAUUGGAAGUGAAUACUUUGUAACAGGUGCUAGUAAAAAGGACGAGGCAAUCGAAGAACGUGAGGAAAAAGUAGUGGUGGAUGAGGGUGAUAGCCCAAGCAGCUGCGAAGUUUCAGAAAAAAGAGCAGAUGAAAAACGUGAUGAUCCGGAAGAUGAGGAUGAGGCUUCGAAAGCAAAGAUUGCAAGAUCAUCUAUUGAAGGAGAGGUGCAACGAGGACAAAAAAAGCCAUUGCCUCCUGGAGAAAGUCGGCUGUGUGCUAUUCCUUCAAUAAGAAUUCCCGGUCACACAGGGUACCUUACGUUUGCGACAUAUCUCGGUGGGAACGCACAGUAAUAGACGGUUCCACUAAAAACGAGACAACCAAUUCAGCUCAUAGAUUCAAGACUGCCUAUUGCCAAUAAAACAUAAGUUGGCGUGGGUACUCGAUCACUGGACGUUCUGUUCAACUAGACUGCUUAUCAUGUUUCAAUUCUGCAACAGAAGAAACAAAUCAUCGUAUCGAAUAUUAAAAAUAUUCGAGGUCUUAAUUAAUAUCGUGAUUGAUGGUACAUUAUGAACGUGACUUCUGUCCAAAGUGUGCAUUGUUUGGAUGAUUCGUAGGCACAAUAAAAAGUCUUGUGUAACAUUUAUUGGCAAAAAAAUGUAGGGAAUUCACAUAAUGCGUCUUUUUCUUUAGGGACGCUUGUUCAUUAUUGCCUCUUGUAAGAAGCAUGUAUUAUUUAUUAAGUAAUAAAUAUCAUACACACGUGUUUACUUUAAAAAAUACAUUACUACAAAGAUAUUGCUUGAUAACUAGUAACUUUUCUCUAUCGAUUGUUGUACAAAUAAAUACAAAAUCGAUUACUUUAAAAUGUUUCCAUCCAAUGACAAAAAACAAGAAUAUCAAAUGAAUAUAUAUUGUCUGUGGUGGAUAAUUUUUGAUAGCUUCUUAAAUUGUACUACCUAUAUUCAUUAAGACAAUCCGAGUUGAAUACCACGUCGGUCAGUAAGUACUGUCCGUAACUUUGCACGUACUUGUACAUUUUGUUUAUUUAUCUAAUUUUUAAUUAGGCGCAUUUUUCGGAUUACGUCUCUGCGUUUGCUGCAUCGGUUAUAUUGCGGCCAUGUUUAUUAGUAGCUGUUUCCUACGCAAUCAAGCGCAGGCCUAAGGCAUGGCAUAUCCUUUAUUACUUUCCCGCCCAGACAAGUAUUGCUGAUACAACGAGAACUGUUUGUGAAGUUGAAAAUAAAUAAGCACUAUCUGGCAACCGCUUUUAACGUUUUAACUACAAAUGUCCAUUUGAACGUUAAACCAACGAUAAACCUUGCCUUAGACGGUUUUCGGUUCAAUGAAAAUACACUUCAGAUAUUCGGUCCAGUCACUUCAAGCACUUCCUGCACAGUUAAAUAUUGGUCGCCUUAUUAGAUUCAAUCGUCCGACAGGAACAUGUAUACCACACGGACUCAGCGAAAGACCAUUGCACUCAUAAAACGAACCGCAUGAACGUGUGCACAUGAUUGCUUAUAUGAAAUUUUAUCAUUGUCUUACAGGAUUAGUGCUGGAAUCUACAAAAAGAUAUAACAAUUCGUAACGCAAAGGCGAAUAGUGAAGCAUCCAAAUAUAGAUACCCCAGAGAAUCCACUAGGAGUAGCUGCUGCCACACGCUUCAGAAGCGCAAAGCCGUCUGCAGACGGCGACGCGCCUCAAGUCACCAAAUGGGUCAAUAAAUUGAGUAAAAAAGGCGCUAAACAGACAAAAGAUUUGGUAACAGAAUGUUGCUGCCUGACAACACUAACACUCAUGUGAUUUUGGAUAACAGGAAAUACCGAUUAUAAAUGAGAGAUUUUUUUUUGGCUUAUACCUGUUCAGAUGACGUUUGAACAGAUCCAUGCAGCGUUGGAUAUUCAGGAAAAGAGUCAGAAGUGAGCUCAUGAACGGACAGUCCGAACAGAUGCCUUUAUCGGAAAUCCGUUUUGUUCUUGGGCAUCCAAACAAACAAAUCUAGUAGAGUAGCUUAGUCUACCCUAAAUGUAGGCAGCAUUUAAAGCAAACUGAGAAGUAAAAUUUUAUAACCAACUUAAUAAUUUCUUUCUAGCCGUACCACAAAUCAUUAGAAUUUUUGUGAGAAAAUUUGCUGCGGAAUUGAAAACCGUUACUUGAGGUUCAGAUUGACAACACAUACACAUGACUCAGAGGCGCAAUAACUUUUUUUUUUAUUAAUACUAUUAAAUGAAAGAUUAUCUAUAAGGAAACUGAAUCUUCUCACCAGAGCGAUCUACAACGAUGUCAAAAUCGUUGACUGCCUGCAAACUUGAUAGCAGUGCGAAAGGAUAAAUUUAAUGCUAUAGUAAGAAUGCGUUCAUCACAUAAUACUAGGUAAAAAUAUGUAUAUGAAUGCACCUAUAGGACAUGGUUAUUGACUACAUGGCACCUCAGUCUACUGCGCAGCUUGUUUGUUGCCGUCAAACUUACUUAUAUACCAAACCCGCAGUUCUGCCGUUACAAGUAAGCCAAAUUAUUAAUCAAGCUUAACCUACUGCAAAAAAAAGUUAAAGAGUUAAAUCAUAACAUGGAGCUUGCCAAUGUAUUCGUUUCCACAGUCUUCUUUGCAGCAGUGGCCCAGAUGUGUCUUGAUUCGGUGAUAUAUAAUCAGUAUUCUUUACUGAAAUUUUUUUCAUGAAUACAAGUGUAUCCUCUUUUAAAGAAAUUUAAGGAUCUCUCGUGAAACAGCUAGAUUUUUCAAAAUGUAUGGUAUUUUUUGUAUUUUACAUUUAUGUGUUCCACUAUAGCUACAGUGGUAGGUUUCGUUUGACUGAACUGAGCUGUUUGAACAAUCUUCAGUUGAGGCCCCUCAUGCAUGAACGUCAGGUCUUUGCAACGUAAACAUAUUCAAUUUGCAAAAAAUUAAUUCAAUAAUCAAUCAAUAUACUGUAUCUCAUAUAUUGAACCUAAACCUCGCAGCGGUCGCAAGUACAGCUCUUACCAUUAGUUAAGAAUUUUUCGUACAAAGUCUUCAUCACCAGUUUAAGCAUUCUUCUUUGAGCUUCAACCCGUUUGUCGCUUGAGUGAUACGAGAUUUGUUUCUGGGAAAAUUGCGGAUUCACAGAAUGGAAUCGUUUAAGUUGCUCAAAACCAUAUUUUCGUAUGUUACUACUUCUGUAUAUUAGCAGUUCUACCCAAUGUUCGCUAACAAAAGUGAGGACUCUUCGGAAACACUCAAGUUGAAAUUUCAGUAAGCAGCUUUCGACCUCAUUUGAUCGCCAGUGUUUGAGAUUUGAACUUUUCUUUGUAAAAAUUGUUCCGACUUGGAGUAAUUAUUUCGUUUUAUGUUAACUAACGCUAAUUGAUCAGUUAACGCACGGUGUUCGUAAUGAUCACCUCUCUGAUUUUUUUUAAAUGUAACACGGUUUUCAGUAUUAAAUAAUUAGUAUAUUGGAACGGUACUUUUUUAAUAAAAGAGUCAUUCAUCAGGAUAGGGCGGACAUACUAGCAUGGUGGAAUGCAGGAUCUGACCGUUAUUAUCUGCCAACUCAUUUAUCUGUUUAAAAAAACAUAUUUUCUCAUUAGCUGCGAGAAAUAUCUAUGUAGGGUUUGACUCUCUCGUCGGAAGCGCUCGAGGCGCGGGCAUAUGUUACGUAAGGCAAGAUUACCAAUGUUGAUAUGCGUGUGUAUAUCAUGCGUAACAAAGUAAAUGUUCGAUGAUAUUGCAUUUUACUCACUUAUCACCUGUUUUCGUCUUUAGAUAUUUACAUGUUUGCCUCUAUUGUAUCGCUUUCAGAAAAGUUCGACUUGAAAGAAGAUAGAGUACAAAGUAACAACGAGACCAGGCAAAUUAAAGCGAGACUUUAACGAGUAACGUCAAGAAGCGCCAAAGCCAAUCAUAACGGGAGCCUCUGGUUACACACUCGAGUAACUUGAGGUACUAGCACUUUUGACACGAUCGAAUCUGCCAAUAAGUCUAUAUGCCCGACCGAAGCAAGAUACCGAUGAUAUCAUUGAACUAAAUGCUUGUGCGGAAACACUUGAGGUUUAUGUUAUUAAACGAACAGACUUUUAUUUGUGGUUGAUUUAAGUGCGUUAUUACAGACUCAUUCUGACCGGUUUUGAGAGCUAAAGGAUAGCUGAGAGUCAAAAGUUACUUCACAUUUUUCGUUCUUCUCAUUUUAUCCAUACAAGAAAAGAGUUGAUGUACUCGUAUUCUAUAAAGAGUAGAUAGCUCACCUUGGACGGAAUAAUCAAUGGACAAUGUUUUUGCAAAGUAGGUUCUAGGAGUUUGUUCAAAAUAGGCUAAACAAGUUACUGACCUCCGAAUGAGCUACGCUUGAUAAUACCUACCAAAGUAUGAAAAAAAAUGUUUUGCGUUGCCUGUAUAUUUCGUCUAUUUAAACACUUACAUGGCUAUAAACCCAUUUUUUUUUACAAAUAUUGUAAGCAGAAACCCAAAGGCUUUUGAAAUCAACAGAUAAACGAGCAACAACAACUUCAUUAUUUUCACGCUCGAAUAGGCUCUCCUAUUCAACAUAGUAGAAAUACUAUACCUAGUUUUAUCAUACUGUUAAAUAAUAACUGCUUGCCUACUUUAUAAUCAACUAAUUUUUGUUAGACAAAAUUUAUAUGUACAACAAUGUAUAACACUGUUGAUUAAAUUUCCUGGAACAAUUCCAGAUAAUGCAGCCGUGAACUCAGGUUCCGUUUGCCUAAUAUAUUUUUAUUUUUUGUGAUUUGAAAUCCGAUAUGAUCAACUGUAUAAUAUUAUAUGUCCGACGUGUCCUAGGUUGUAUUGUCUUUAUGCAGCACUUAUUCACUUAGUAAGCAAAUUAAUGAAGCAGCUUAACAAUGCAAUUGAAUAUGUACACACACGAUUGCUGUUACAUGUUAAAUUACAAGUUGUAUCAUACUCUCCCUAAAUUUUUUUUUCUCUCUCUUCCGCUCUGGGAGUAGAGCUUACGUAGUAAGGUUUCUCUUCUCAUAUAAGAUAUGAUCCAGCACUCGACACAUAUUUUCUUCACUGAAUAAUCUCUUUUAGCUCAGAGCGUAUCUCUAAACUAGCGGAUGAAUAAUUUAUUCGUCUUACUGAAAUAACUCUUACUAUUUACUCAUCAUUGUGACGUGUCUAUAUCAACAUACAAACCAUUAAUAGCCACUUACCGAAAGUUGAUUAGCUGCUUUUAACGAACGUGUCUAUAGGGAUAGCGAUUAGUUAAUUGAUGAAAAGUCUAAUGUGUGCUCCUUGAAAGCAGUGAAAUACACUAUAUAUUAAACAUUAAUUUAUACAUGUAUGUUUAGAUAUGUAAAUUUUUUAAUGGAUUUUUAGUUAUCAUCCUAAUUCAAUGAAACUUUAUCUCUAGUGAUUUGAGUGAAUUACACAACUUUAAUGCACCCCACAUUUCGGGGCAUCGUCAAACUAUAGUCAUACAGUGGGCAUAUUCCAGCAACUCGUCAUGUAAGAAGCCAAUACAACAAGGUACGAAACAUGAUAUUUUAAACUGAUAAUAUAACGUGCAGUGUAGUGUAAAACGGGACAACGUU